GAUCAAUUGAUACCGGAUUAACCUAAUCGGUGGUGUGGGAAACCUGUGACGACUCAGUGGCAAAGAUCCAUUUUUGCGCCCGAGUCACUUAGGCUCUGGUCUCUCUUUCCUCCCUCUCGCAGGAUGGGUCUCUUGCGACCUCCGACAUCCUGGAGUUCGCGAAUAUUUGACGUGAAUCGACAUACUCGUUUCUCUCGUCGGUUCCAUGUCUCUCGUCCGCGAUCUGUUCCAAUUCCUACGCGACCUGUCCAGGCGAUCGCGCGCUCUGCAGUCGGCUCGUACGGUCAUGAAGAUGGCGAACACAUUUUGAGCUCUCCCUCUGAACUUGCUCGAAAGAUAUCUGCAAAGGUCCUGCCGAAGAUUCCGCGUCCUAAUGUCCAAAAAGUCCUCAUUGUCGGUAGUGGCGGUCUCAGCAUCGGCCAGGCCGGCGAGUUCGACUACUCUGGCUCUCAGGCGCUGAAGGCGCUUCGCGAGGAGGGUGUAGAGGCUGUUCUAAUCAAUCCCAACAUUGCUACGUGGCAGACAUCUCACCAGCUGGCCUCGGAAGUCUACUUCUUGCCUAUCACUGCAGAUUAUGUCGCUUAUGUCUUGGAGAAGGAGCGCCCAGAUGGAAUUCUUCUGACCUUUGGUGGACAAAGCGCGCUCAACGUAGGCAUCGAGCUCGACAGGAUGGGCAUUCUCGAACGGUUAGGCGUGCAGGUGCUCGGCACCCCAAUUCGGACAUUAGAGGUUUCGGAAGAUCGUGAUCUUUUCGUCCAGGCCUUGAAGGAGAUCGAUAUUCCGGUCGCGCAAUCCACUGCUGUCUCUUCGGUCAACGAUGCUCUUGCUGCCGCAGAACGGAUUGGUUAUCCGGUCAUUUUACGGUCUGCAUUCACUUUGGGUGGUCUCGGAUCUGGUUUUGCGAGCAACCCGGAUGAGCUGCGUGACCUCUCCGCGAAGAGUCUUAGUCUGAGCCCGCAGGUCCUCAUUGAACGGAGCAUGAAAGGCUGGAAAGAACUCGAGUACGAGGUCGUUCGUGACGCUGCGGAUAACACGAUCAUCUGCUGCAACAUGGAAAAUUUCGAUCCUCUCGGUACACACACUGGUGAUUCGAUCGUCGUCGCGCCUUCGCAGACACUCCCGGAUGACGAGUACCACAUGCUUCGGUCGGCUGCUCUCAAGGUCAUUCGGCAUCUAGGCGUUAUUGGCGAGUGCAACAUCCAGUAUGCGCUAAACCCAACGUCCAGGGAAUACUGCGUCAUCGAAGUCAAUGCUCGGCUGAGUCGUUCCAGUGCUCUUGCAUCAAAGGCUACAGGUUACCCUCUCGCGUACACGGCCGCAAAGAUCGCUCUCGGACAUACACUACCAGAGCUGCCGAACGCGGUGACUAAGACCACGACGGCGUGCUUCGAACCUUCGCUGGACUACAUCGUCACAAAGAUCCCGAAGUGGGAUUUGGCGAAGUUCUCGUCGCAGGUGGACCGUGAGGUGGGCUCGUCGAUGAAGUCCGUAGGAGAGGUCAUGGCUAUCGGACGAACGUUCGAGGAGAGCUUGCAAAAGGCCAUCCGCCAGGUCGAUCCGCGCUGGAAGGGUUUCGAAGCGUACAUCCAGCCCGAAGACCUGGACCGUGCACUCUCCAAGCCGACGGAUAUGCGCUUGUUCGCCAUUGCAUAUGCGAUGUUCAACAGGAAGUACGAUGUCGACAAGAUUCAUGAACUGACGAAGGUCGACAAGUGGUUCCUGUAUAAGAUCGACAACAUCGUCCAGACGGUCUAUGCGCUCAAGGAAGCCGGCUCCAUCGAGAAGAUCGACCGCGAGCUCAUGCAGCGCGCGAAGCGCAUGGGCUUCUCUGAUGCACACAUCGCCGAUCUCGUCUCAUCCAAGGAAGACACCGUCCGUGCGCACCGCAAGUCAGUUGGCAUCACACCCUUCGUCAAGCGCAUCGACACGCUCGCCGCCGAGUACCCCGCGCACACGAACUACCUCUACACGACGUACAACGCGUCCGAGCACGACGUCGACUUCGACGAGCACGGCACAAUGGUGCUCGGGAGCGGCGUGUACCGCAUCGGCAGCAGCGUCGAGUUCGACUGGUGCGCAGUGACGUGUGCGCGUAAGCUGCGCGAGAUGGGGAACAGGACGAUCAUGAUAAACUACAAUCCGGAGACGGUGUCGACGGACUUCGAUGAGGCUGACAGGUUGUACUUCGAGGAACUUGGCUAUGAGCGGGUGAUGGACAUUUACGAGUUGGAGCAGGCGCACGGUGUCAUUGUGAGCGUCGGCGGUCAGCUACCUCAAAACAUCGCCCUGCGCUUGAAACACCACAACGUUAAGGUGCUUGGCACUGACCCUGAGAAGAUCGACAGUGCCGAGGAUCGUCAUAAGUUUUCGUCCAUUUUGGACAGUGUCGGCGUCGACCAACCUGAAUGGACCGAGGUAUCGUCCGUGGAGGCUGCCAAGGAGUUCGCGAAGCGUGUUGGCUACCCGGUUUUGAUUCGUCCGUCCUAUGUCUUGUCGGGAGCCGCCAUGAACGUGGUAUAUGAAGAGUCGACCCUCGAGCACAACCUGUCCGCCGCAGCAGAUGUCUCUCCGCUCCACCCGGUUGUCAUAACGAAGUUUAUCGACAACGCGCAGGAAGUCGACGUGGAUGCCGUCGCACACAAAGGCAAGCUCCUCGUGCACGCCGUCUCCGAGCACGUUGAGAACGCCGGCGUCCACUCCGGCGAUGCGACGCUCGUGCUGCCGCCCACGUCGCUCCCCGAGAGUGACAUGCAGCGCCUGAAGCAGAUCGCAGAGAAGGUUGCUGCGGCGUUUGACAUCUCUGGGCCGUUCAACAUGCAGAUCAUCCGCAAGCCAGCCGAAGCGCCCGGCGAGGAGGCGCAAUUGAAGGUCAUCGAGUGUAAUCUUCGGGCAUCCCGAUCGUUCCCCUUCGUCUCGAAGGUGCUCGGGCAUAACUUCAUCGAUGUGGCCACCGCGGCUAUCGUCGGACAGGACGUUCCGGAGCCUGUGGAUCUCAUGGCCGAGAAGCGCAACUACACUGCUGUGAAGGUCGCUCAGUUCUCGUGGACUCGACUGGCUGGUGCUGAUCCAUUCCUCGGAGUUGAGAUGGCUAGCACCGGAGAAGUCGCUAGCUUCGGCAAGGACAUCCAUGAAGCGUACUGGACCGCCCUCCUCAGCACGACAGGCUUCAAAAUUCCGCGCGCGAACACCGGUGUCCUUAUCGGCGGCGACAUUCACGCGCCGGAGAUGAAAGGCGUUGCGCAGGGUCUCUUCAACCUCGGCUUCAAGCUCUACUGCUCGUCCUCCAUUGUUGAAGAAUACCUCAACAACAUCCCGUACGUCUCAGCGAAGCGGAUAUUCUUCCCUACGAAGGACAAGCGCAAGCUGCGCGAGGUCUUCGACGAAUACGACAUCGAAUGUGUGAUCAACCUGGCGAAGACGCGCGGCAAGGAUGCGACGGACGAGGACUAUGUCGCUCGCAGGAACGCCGUCGAUUUUGGUCUGCCGUUGCUCAACAACCCGCGCUGCGCCCAGCUCUUCGUGGAGGCGCUCGCACAAAAGAUACCCCAGGGCGGUCUGCGGAAAUACACCGAAGGCAAAAUACCCUCUGAAGUCAGGUCAUGGCGAGAGUUCGUCGGGAAGCGGGCGUGAUCUGUGAUCAUAUAGAUAUAGAUUCUUGCUCAUCUUAGCCAUCUCAUAGCUAGUACGAAAAGUACGCAUAGUACGCCUGUGGCUCUAAUUGUGUUAUGCCGUGUACAGUACAUCGCCACAGCCCGUGAUGCAAUGAACACUAACGUAGAGUAUCUUGCAUGAACUAUUCAAGCUCUGGAUUCUUCGCGCG